UCUGUCACAUUUCACGCUGACACCAAGCGAACACUCGGAGCUCAGACACACAUACACACACGCUGUAAUAUCGACAGAUUGAAGUCAGGAGUACGACUCCACGAGAUCACGUUGCAGCAUCCUAUCUAAGUGCAAACCAGUCGAAAAGAGGAAGCCGAGGAAAUCCCCCAAAAGGAAAUGCCAAUCGCAGCCACUGGCCAGCCGACGACUCAAGAGCCCAGAGUGUGCCCCCGGCUGCCUUCCACCCCUGAACCGGUCCCUAAAGGGGCUGAUUUAUUUGAAGAGGCGGGGGCGGCGGAGUCGGCGGAGCGAACAGAGUACGGGGGCGCGGAGGGGGCCAGAGGCGUCGGGGGGUAUAGUUACAGCCACAGCGGCAGUCGGAGCUUACAGCCCGCAUUCACCGACAGCUCUCCGCCGCAGUCUCCAGCCGCGUCCUCCUCGUUUCUCUUCCACCCCUUCCACGGCCACCAAAUGGCAAUGGAGCCCCCCAGGACCCGAUCGCGUUCCCGGUCUGGAUAUUACCAGCAGUAUAAUGGUGGGAAUGGCAUUACUGGCAGCGGAGUGAUAGGAACGAACCAGCAGAAUCAUCAUCAUCAUCAGCAGCAGCAGCAGCAGCAACAACAGCAGCAGCAGCAGCACAGUGCCGGUGGUUGCACUCCCCUUGGGGCUCACAGCAGCCAAGCAGAGAUCCAGCAGCGAGCUCUGGGAAGUAACGCCUCCCCUGGCAUCCAGAGGCUUCCCCCUGUUCUUGGAGCUCUCCGCAUCCCAACUGAAGGAGCCUCAGAUGUGGCUUACCAUUGCCACCAAGAGCAUGCAUACAGGGAGAGGGACAAGAGUGAGGAAAGCCCCAGUCCAAAGCGCCAGAGGCUGUCUAGUCAUGCUGUCUUGGAACAGCUAACUUCUUCCGCACCACCGCCAUCCACCCCUUCUCCCCCCAUUCGCCCUUGGGAGCUGGGACCUCCAAGUAGGAGACCGGCUCACCCCCACGCACACUACCACCAAGAAAGAUCCCUCACACCGGCUCGCCACAGACGCAGCCCCCCUGUCAGGCGUCAGCGUGGCCGCCUCCUCAGACCGACUCGCCACUUGCCUCCCCAUCACCACCCCUCGACACAAGGUCCCGGUCCCCACCCGUUGCUAUCAGAGCUCCAGGAUGAGAAUUUCCAACGCAACCCACAUUCCUCGACGCACCAAACGUACCCAACGCACACCUACAGUCACCCCCCUCCACAUGGAAGUGGGGGUUCAGAGGAUCCCCGAGCAUUCCAUCCUCCCACCUUGUCCCCCCGACUACUGCACCCAGCUGCGCAUCACCACCACCACCAUCAUCACCAUCAGCAGCAGCAGCAGCAACAGCAACAGCAGCAGCAGCAGCAGCAUCACGCAACGUCACAGCAAGGGGCCAUGGUCCUGGACUUGCAUGAACAGCUUCAGCAGGGCAGCGUACCAGUCUCUUACACCAUGACCCCUGUCGCACCUCACGGCCUCACAGCACCGCUGUGUAACGGUCAGCACCUUCCCCCCAGCUGCUCUUCGCAACAAGUUCCUGCCUGCAGUGUGGUAUUCAGCACUGGACAACACUACCACCCGAUGCUACAGGCUUGUUCAAUGCAACAUUUGCCAGUGCCCUAUGCCUUUCCCUCUCUGCUGUCCAGCGACCCUCAGUUUCUUCUAUCCCCUCCGCCUCAUCUUGCUCAUCACCCGCCGCACCUCCACGCGCACAGUCAGUUCUUGCCGUUCCAGACACAACAGCCACGAUCGCCCUUACAGAGGAUUGAAAAUGAGGUUGAACUUCUUGGAGAGCAACUCUCAGUCGGUGGUGGCUUUGGCUAUGGCCAUCACCAUCACCAUCACCACCAGCCUCCCUCCACCCUUCCGCCCUCCACACCACUCCAGUUUCUUUCACACCAUGACCCCCUUUCACAAGAGCUCUUCACGGUGCCCUAUCCACACUUUAUGCCACGGCGAUUCACCAGCCGGCGCUACCCAGCUCGUUCCCAGCAGGCUGUGCCUCCUUCAAGCUACCACCCGAGCUUCCUGCCUUACUUCCUGUCCAUGCUCCCAGUCCCACCAAAUGUAGCUCCAGCCAUUAGUCUUGAGCUUGAUGUUGAUGAUGGAGAGGUGGAGAACUAUGAGGCCUUGCUGAAUCUUGCAGAGCGUCUUGGAGAGGCCAAGCCCCGUGGCCUCACUAAGGCUGAUAUAGAACAGCUCCCAUCGUACAGGUUCAACCCCAAUAACCACCAGUCUGAGCAAACACUGUGUGUGGUCUGCAUGUGUGACUUUGAGUCCCGCCAGCUCUUGAGGGUUCUGCCCUGCAAUCAUGAGUUCCAUGCCAAGUGUGUAGACAAGUGGCUUAAGGCCAAUCGAACGUGUCCUAUCUGUCGGGCUGAUGCAUCCGAGGUCCAGCGGGACUCUGAGUGACCCUCCCGAUUUCUCUUUGGAUGCACCAGGCAAAUGUUGAACUUUUCUCCGGCCAUCAUGCACAUAGACCAGUAUUCCUUCACCGCACAUCCAAAAGGACUAUGACACUUUUCUGCAUAGUGCUUCAAAUUAGGGAUAAGCCCCUCAACCUGCUCUGCCUUCUGUGCUGUCUUCACUCAAAAUGGCCUUUGAAACGCGCACAGCACAUAUACAUUGUAUUCAUAGAAAACAGAAGCGUCUGUAUACAGUACUUGUAGUAACAGACUUUGCAGGAAGAAUUGCAGUCCAAAGAUUUUGUUCUUUCUGUUCUGGUGGAAAAAAAAAAAAGAAAUCACCUUAAACAGCACCGGUGGUGGGCGCGUCAAUCCGUCAAUCGCCAUGCCAUUAUUAUAUCCGACCAGGCCAAUCUGUCCGAGGCGUAGGUGACAGCCAGCCUUUCAGUCCCACAGAACGCAAUGACACUCUCCCAUAUUGUUUGUAUUUCGAUCAUCACCACACUCUGUGUGUUUCUAUUGGUUUUAUUUUUUCUUUAUUUGCAGGGAUGAGAAUUUUCCGCGGAUUUCCGUGUUUUUUUUAGCCUCGGCGACUCGCGAGCAUUCACCCAACCCCCGCGACAACAUCUUUUGGCACAGCUCAAGGCAAAAUUAGUUAAGCUGUGAGUACGGAAAUCGGCUUGCCUCUGUAAACCUAACUCACUGGCAGCAGUGAUGCAACAACAUCCGCCUUAUUUUCGGCAGCAUUUUGCCGCUACUUUCGUUACAUCUUUUCCACUUGUUAAGUUACGCGGAGAACUAAGUGUUUUUACACCGCCACAAUGUAAAUUUGCAAUUGGGUUUUCAUCACUUGUAGACGAGUUAUUUAGUUAGAUAGCUCUAGGGCCUACUCAU